AUGGGUCGACCUUACAUCACGGGGAAAGGCAAGCGCCGCAAGCAGUAUAAGCGCGUGUCAGUCGCGCAUGCGAAUCAGGACGAGGUGGUCAUCAUAAGGGGAGAAGACUAG